UGCUCCGUAUGUCAGUAGUUUUCGCGCGAUAAAGAUCAAAACGCGUUCGUGAAAGGUACUACGUACUUGAGAAUUGAUGGUAUCAAGGCUCAUGAAGUUAGUGAGAGCCAUAUUCAGGCAAUCAGUCGUAAUUCUGCCAUUAAAACACCUGUACAUCAAAGUGCAGCAUGCAAAGCUCUCACUGCCUUAAGAAAGGCCGACCAUGACAAACUCAUUAAAAUGAGAAACGCACAUGCUUGUGCUAAGCACAACUUAAGUUUUAACGCCUACAAUGUUUUAUGCAGACUAGAUCAAAUGAAGCAAGUGCCGGUUGGUUCACAGUACUGUUCUCAUCAGGCUGGGGCCAAAUUCUGUGAAUCAAUUGCGAACCAGGGGUGAAGUCAUGGUGUAGUCUGUCAUGUGAUGAAUCAACUGACUUCACUGGUGAGGACAUGGAGGCUGUAUACUUGCGCACCUGUACUUAUGGCCGAAUAGAAGACUCUUUUCUACACUUGGGGUCGGCAGAAUCUGCCUGUAGUGAAGACAUAUUCAAGUUCUUAGUGCAGACCCUGAACACUCUGAACGUAGAGGAGUCUGUGAGAAACAAACUUGUUGGAUUUAGUGCUGAUGGUGCAUCCAAUAUGCAAGGGUUGAACAAAGGUGUUGCAGCACUUCUAAAGCAACGAUGGCCAUCCAUUGUAAUGACCCAUUGCCUUGUACAUCACCUUGAAUUGUCCUUCAAAGAUGCAGUGAAAAAGGCGUCCCCCGGUCUUUAUGAAAAGGCUACAACACUUCUUCUUGGGUUGUAUUAUCUUUUUAGAAAGAGCCCAAAAGAGAAAAAAGGUCUGCUUCGCACGUUCGAAGCCCUUGGUGAGAGGCAGUUGUUGCCUACUCGCAUUGGUGGAACCAGGUGGUUACCACACUACAUGAAGGCAAUCACCAUUUUCUUAAAGACGUACAAAGUUGUGCGGUACCAUCUUGAAAAUUCAUCCCACAAAAAUGCCAAGGCCGAGUGAUUAGCCAGACUUGUACAUGAUGGCCAUGUGAUUGUGUACAUAAUUGCC